AUGGAAGAAACAGAGCUUUACUUUGCUUUUGGGUCAAAUCUGAGCGCAAGAAAAAUGCGGGAACGCGGCACUAGGUUCAUCUCUCGCGAAAGAGCAGUGCUUCGAGGAUUUCGCGUCGUAUUCUGCAUAUGGAAAGACGAUGGCUUUGGUUAUGCUAAUAUUAUCCCAGAUAAGGAGUCGGCCGUUUAUGGUGUCUUGUACAUCUGUUUAAAAGGAAGUUUAGCCAAGUUAGAUGAACACGAAGCAGGGAGGCUUCGGAGAGUGAACGUACAAGUGGAACGAAAAAGCGGCGAAAUCGUGGAUGCGACAGCGUAUCAAGCUUAUGAAGAGUAUGUUAAAGAGGGGCUAAAACCGAGCCAAAUUUUUCUCAAUGAAAUACUUGAAAGAAAGGAUCUUAUUCCUAAAGAAUAUGCUGACUACUUUAGAAACUUCUUGUGCGACAAAACUGAGAAGUAA